UUUAAGGCUAAGGCUAAGGCUACGGCUGCAGCAGCAUGUACAUCCGAAGCGAGCGACUGCCCUCGGGCCCGGUCCUCCUUCUUCUCCUCCUCCACCUGGUGGCCAUCCCCGGCGGCGCCAGCUCCUGGGAUCUAGCAGUGACAGUGGGCAACAAAAUCGAUUUUAUCACGCGAAACGGAAGUAUAAUCGAUAAAACGAUUAUUGCCAACGCCUCGAGCCUCGUGGGACUGGCCUACGACGAGGAUAGCCGCACAAUGUUCCUAAGCGACGCCAAAAAUCGCGAUCUUUGGAUAUUCAGCGUCAAUUUGUCAGAGACGAAUGUGACGGUAACGCCAAUACUUGCAAGAAACGCCUCGGAGCCACCGGUACUGGACAUGGCCCUGGACAGGCGUGCGCACACCCUCUACUGGACGAACGGUUGGGCAAUAAUGAAGAUGCGCGUGCCGAUGAAGAAGGCGCCGGCUAAACCUGAUCUCGUCCACAAAAGCGAGGCGACGAGUCCGCGGGGCGUCGCCCUCGACGUAUGUAACAGACACAUUUACUGGGCAAACGGUAACCACUCGAGUCCGAGUAUCAUGCGUUCGAAUUUUGACGGGAGCGAGUUAAGAAUCGUCGUAAGGGAGAACCUCUACGAGCCGACUAGCGUCGCCGUCGAUCCCAUCAAUGGCAAGCUAUACUGGAUCGACGAUGAGGAGGGAAUCCAUUAUAAAUUAGAGCAGAGCAACCUGGACGGCAGCGAGCGUCUCGCUCUCAUUCACGGGAAACAUCAGCAACCGAUAGAUCUUACCGUCGACAGCCGCAGCUUCUACUGGACGGACUUUGUCUACAAUGCCAUCUGGGAGCUCGGCAAGGAGAAAAAAUCGGGCGUCGAGCCGACGAAUUUGAGGUCGUACUACGACCCCAAUAAUCCCGACGAUAUCAGGAACAUUCUAGUGAGGGACAGCUUUGGCUCGGCGACCGAUGAUUGCAAUGCCGUGAAGGCCAAUAGCCAGAAGAGGACGAACGUAGCCUCGGCUUCAACGUUAGUUGUUCAACCAAUCGUUAAAAUAAUCAGCAAUUUAACUGCCAACGAUAGCGCGGAGAGAUGCUUAAACGGGGGUGAGCUGCAAUCGAGCGAUGGAAGCUGUCGGUGUAAAUCUGGGUACGGUGGGUCACGAUGUGAAAUUUCUUCGUGCCAUAAUUACUGUGUAAGGGGAGAGUGUUACGUAGAUAAUAAGGGAAUGCCUGUGUGUAAAUGUAGUGCGCCACACAGUGGUUCAAGGUGCGAAUACGACGUUUGCAAUGGUUUUUGCUUAAACGAUGGUCGGUGCUUGGUAGAUAAGCAUGGCAAACCCUCUUGCGAGUGUAAAUAUGUCAGUGGGGUUCGAUGUGAAGUUACCUUUGACAUGGCAGAAAUUUGUGCUUUAUAUUGUAUCAAUAGACAACUUCAGAUAACUAGCAUAGACACCACAUCGUGCAGAUGUGCUGAAUUGAACCAAACAAUCGAGGAAGUUCUGGACUACGAUGCCUUCAACUGCACGAUCCUGGUGUCCCUUCUCUCGGGUUUCAUCGGCAUGCUCACCAUCAUCAUCGUGUUCCUAAGCGUCUACGUAAGCAAAUUGCGCCGCAGGCCGCGAAUCAAGAAGCGCUUCGUCGUCAAUAAGAGCGGCAUUACGCCCCUAACAUCGAGGCCCUCGCAAAUGUCUGGCGAUCAGUGCGAAAUAACUAUAGAAAACUGCUGUAACAUGAAUAUCUGCGAAACACCGUGUUUCGAACCCAAAUUGCGCUCGUCGAACGCAAGAACCAGCGGUGUAAAAAAAGAGGAGAAAAAUGGGCUGCUGGACCACAUGGAAUGCGGUGGUAACUUGUGCUAGCACAGACUGCUCGACUUCUUAGCGACCCAUGGAGACUGCAAUUUCGCGGCUCGCCGCGAUAAACUGUUGUUAAGUAUUGUUGUUGAUGCCCGGUUAAAGUUUCAAUAGCUGGGACAACAUUCGAAUUUGUUCGAAAAUUCAUAAGAAGAACUUUGAUUGAUAACCAAAGGCUUACAUAUUGAGCAAUGACAAAGUUUGCAGAGUCUUUUACUCUUUCAAAGACAUAGUUACUUAUUUUGAUAAUUUCUACUGACCUAAGAAAAUAUUUGUCUAAGGUAGAAAAAUGCUUUGCAGAGAAGUGUUUUAACUUUUAAUCUCGGCACUUUUCUUCUAUGUUUUUUUUUAAACAACUUUGUUAUUACAAUGUGAUCGAACACAAUUUGUUGUUACAAAUUAUGUGCAUAUAUAGAUUAUUGUAAAAUCAUUCAGCCCCUUGAUAAAUCAUUUUAAUUG